AUGCUUUCUUUUAGUCUUUUCUCUUUCACUUCCUAUCUUUGUCUAUAUAAUAAACACGCAAGUAAUUUUCGCUUUUUACUUCUUUUUUUUCUCACCAUUUUUUCCCUCCUUGUCUCUCUCUUUCUCGUCAUUUUUUGCGUUCUCUCUCCUUUUCUUGUCAUUUCUGAAUUUUCUCUCUCUUUCUCGUCGUGUUUGCAAUCUCUCUCUCUCUUUUUCACGUCGUGUGUGCAAUCUCUCUCUCUCUCUUUCUCGUCAUGUUUGCAAUCUCUCUCUCUCUCUCUUUCUCGUCAUGUUUGCAAUCUCUCUUUCGUUGUGUUUGCAAUCUCUCUUCUCUCUUUUUCUCGUUUUUUGCAAUCUCUCUCUCUCUCUUUCUCGUCGUGUUUGCAAUCUCUCUCUCUCUCUUUCUCGUCGUGUUUGCAAUCUCUCUCUCUCUCUUUCUCGUCGUGUUUGCAAUCUCUCUCUCUCUCGUUGUGUUUGCAAUCUCUCUCUCUCUCUUUCUCGUCGUGUUUGCAAUCUCUCUCUCUCUCUCGCUUUCUCGUCGUGUUUGCAAUCUCUCUCUCUCUCUCUCUUUCUCGUCGUGUUUGCAAUCUCUCUCUCUCUCUCUUUCUAGUCGUGGUUGCAAUCUCUCUAUCUUUCUCGUCCUUUUUGCAUUCUCUCUCUCUCUUUCUCUCUCUCCCUUGUACAUUCUAUCUCUCUCAAUUUAUCUUUUAUCUUUCUUUCUCUCUCUCUCCUCCUCCUCUUCUGGCUUUGCCUUUCUCUCUCCUUCUUUCUCCUCGUUUCGCUUUGCCUUUCUUUGCACCGAUCUACUACAACAUAUGUUUAAUCUCGUUGCUUUACUAUUCUUCUAUUCAUCUCUCUCUCUCUCUCUCUCUCUCAUUUUACCGUUCCCUCUGCUGUCAACCUUUCUACAUUUCUCCUCGUAUUUCAUACACUGAUUUUUCCUUCCUUUUUCUAUUGGCUGCAUUUCCAGAAAAUAUUUGCCAUUUUCUUUUUAUUACGCCCGUCUGCCUUAAUCACGUCCUCAUUCUUUGCCCCAUUUCUUUUUCUUUCUUUCAAAUACUUAUUCUAAUUUACUUUCUCGAUUGUCUUUCUUUCUCUUUCACAUUUUCUUACCUUACUCUGUUGUUCUAUAUCAUUCUUCUCUCCUACGUUUACUCUCUCUUGUCCGUUCUCUCUGUCUCACAGUUCUUGAUCUCUUUCUGUUUUUUUCCGUUCUCUUUCUCUCUCUCUCUGUUUGUCCGUCCGUUUUCUCUCUGUUUGUCCGUUUCUCUCUCUCUCUCUCUGCUUGUUUGUCUGCUAUCUCUCUCUCUCUGUUUAUCUGUUCUCGCUUCCUGUUUAUUUGGCCGGCCUCUCUCUUUAUCUUUCUUUCACUUUCACUCUCUAACAUUUGUUCUUCCUCUCUGUCUUUUUCUUUCAUUUUGCUGUCACUUUCUCUCUGUGUCCCAUUUUGCUUUCUCACUUUUUCUAUCUGUUAAAUGUCGCUUUCUCUCUCUGCCUUCCCUCCUCCCUCUCCUCCCACCUCCCUUUUCUGCUUUUAUUCCUUUUUCUUUAAAUCGUUGUCUCAUGAUGUAUUUUCUUUCUAGUUCCUUUGUGAUUUUCUUUUAUUUUAAUAUUACUUUCAUAUUUAUUCUUUUCUUUCUUUUGCCUUAUGUCUCUCCAAAUUACCAUUAUCUGUCCUUUCUUCGUUCUUCGUGUUACUAUUUUUCUAUUUGUUUUUCUUCCAUUCUUUUUCUCUUCCUUGUUUUAUUUCCUCGUUUUUAUGCCAAGGGUUCCAUCUUUUCAAAACUUCCUUUCUCCGUAUUGUCAUUCUUUCGCUAUCAACCUAACCCCAACCAUCUUCAUCCACAUCAUCCAUCAACGAGUAGAGGGCGAAACAUAAAUUACUGGAAAACAAAUCAUCCAUAUCUAAAAAAAGAUAUUUUCUAUUUUUCCUUUUCUCUAACCCUUUUUCUCUGUCCACCGUUCUCACACCGUCGUCUCUCUGCCCACCCUGCCCCAUCGUUGUCGUCUCUCUGUACACCCGGCUCACUCAUCGUCGUCUCUCUGUACACCCGGUUCCAAAAUCCUCGUUGUAUCUCGGUUCACCCAGCUCCAUCGUCGUCGUCUAUCUGUCCAUCCCGCACCGUCGUCGUUGUUGUUCCGCUGUCCACCUCUCUCGUUGUAAUCGUCUCUUUGUUUACCCUGACCCCUCAUCGUUAUCAUCGUCUCUUUCGCGCGCUCCCUUGUCAUCGUAGUUUCUCUCCCUGGCUCCCUCGUCAUCGUUGUCGUCUCUCUCUCCCCUCCGUUCCCAACUUAUUAUAUAAAAAAGUCAAAAGAACAAGAAUUUAUAUCUAA